UCGGGCAUCGAGCAUCGGCCAUUCGUUAGUCGAAGAGUGCACCGAGGAGAAGUCGCAAGUACUUGUUGCAGGUCGAAUAUUUCAACGUGAAAGACACUUGCCUACCUUCAGAUAGUCAUCCAACCAACCCGAUAAUGGGAAAUUGACAUGGGCUUGUCGAACCGUCAUCGCUAACCGAUGGUGCAAACUUAACGGGAGUAGCGAAUGCCUCAUAACCGAACGUUUCCCUCAACGGGAUCCAUUCUUAGCGUAGAAGUCCACCUGACUGGUCGAAACUCUCUUCUUGGCCGCAGCUCUUCGUUUAAUAUUUUCAAUUCUUUCAAAAUAGACCUUUUCGAUCGAAAAUGAAGGGACCUACCGUUGCUGUGACGAUCCUGGCCUUUGCCGUUACCUGUUUGGCUGUACCUCGAAACAAGAGACAGGCAUUUGAUGAGCCUCGUAUCAGUAACGAGGUGAUUCCAGGCUCGAUCGAGGUGGUGGAUGAAACGUCGAAGGUCCUUAUUACUACGCCAGUAACUAACCCAGCACCAGUCGAAACCACAAAGUAUCCGGAACUCGAUGACGCACCGACUGCAAAACCAGGAAAUAAGAAAAAGCCAAACUCUGCUUCGCGUCCUGCCUCGGACACAUUUUCCAGAGUUAUUGACGACAUAUUCAACAUUCCUAUAUCGGUUCUUCGGGCGGUGAACACUUUGCUCAGUAAUGCUUUUGGAACCAAGCAAGGAACACCGACAGCCGCUGAACCCUCGCCGACAGCAGCUUAACCAAAAUUAAGGAACUUGGGCGUUUAAACUAUAGAUAUUAUACUUCGAUUGUAAAAAUAUUGCACCCGAUUAUCACGUGGAUCGAUUAUUUUUUAUCGGAAAUUUCAACUGGCCAGAAAUUAAGUUCCAACAAAAAAGGAGAGAGUGAUUGAAUUUCACCUCGACGAUCGAGCGCGGACUCGGUAAUUAGUGUUCAUGGUAAAAUAAAAAAGUGCGAGAUUUUUUUGCGUUCUUGCAACGAAACAUGGAAAAGACUGGAUUUCAAUUUUUCAAAUCGUUCGUUUUGGUUUCAGUUAAACUUUUAGAGGAUCAAAAUGACUGGCGAAAAACAUUGGUCCAAGUGAAAACACGGUGCGUAUGAUAUAUAAAUGCAAUACCCGUAUAUCUGUAAUAUACAAUACUCUAAGUGUUUAUUACUUGUUUUUUACCGUUAAUUUAUAAUUCGUAACGACGAUUCAGUAUUCCCAACUUGAUAUGAUACUGAUGUAUAAUUGUGUAAACGGCAAUUGAAAAUGUACUGAGAUUACUACUACUA